GGGGGAGGAGAAAUCAUUUCCGCUUCCUGCGUCAUGGCCGACUGUUGUCCAGGGGAUGUUUCCGCUGCUACCGGCGGAAAGAGAGUACAGUUUGGCACUCGGUUCUUGAAGGAUCCGUCCCGUGUUUUCCACCAUAAUGCCUGGGACAAUGUGGAGUGGUCGGAAGAGCAGGAGGAGGCGGCGGAGAGGAGAGUCCGGGAAAACAGCGCCCAGCGGGUGCCUCCCGAAAAGCAAGUUGAUUAUGAGGUCAAUGCACAUGAAUACUGGAAUAACUUCUACAAAAUCCAUGAAAAUGGGUUUUUCAAAGAUAGACACUGGCUUUUUACUGAAUUUCCUGAACUGACUCCUCGCCACAAUCAAAGUAACCUGAAGAGCUUGCUGUUAAAAGACAGUGGCCAUGAAAUAAUUGAACACAGAGGCUGUGGAUUAAUAGUAUCUAAUACUCAAGAGCAGCAAAAAACUUCUUCACAUAGCCUUAAUCAUAAGGAGCAGAAGCACCCCAUAGAUGAAGCAACUCAGAAUCUCUGUCAUCUGGAUAUAAAUACUGAUGGCUUUCCUGGUUCCUCAGCCACCUACCGCAUUCUAGAGGUUGGCUGUGGUGUGGGAAACACAGUCUUUCCAAUUUUACAUACUAACAAUGACCCAGGACUCUUUGUGUAUUGUUGUGACUUUUCUGCCACAGCGAUAGAUCUUGUCCAGACAAAUUCGGAGUAUGAUCCUUCUCGAUGUUUUGCCUUUGUUCACGAUCUGUGUGAUGAGGAUAAGAGUUACCCAAUGCCCAAGGAGAGUCUUGAUAUCAUUAUUCUCAUCUUUGUCCUUUCAUCAAUUGUCCCAGACAAGAUGCAAAAUGCUGUCAGCCGACUGAGCUAUCUUCUGAAACCUGGAGGGAUGAUUCUCUUGCGAGAUUAUGGCCGUUAUGACAUGGCUCAACUCCGAUUUAAAACAGUCUCUUUUUCAGGUCGAUGUUUGUCUGAAAAUUUUUAUGUGAGAGGUGAUGGUACCAGAGUUUACUUCUUCACACAAGAUGAACUAGAUACACUCUUCACUACUGCUGGAUUGGAAAAAGUUCAGAACAUGGUGGAUCACCGGCUCCAAGUGAACCGGGGAAAACAGCUGACAAUGUAUCGAGUUUGGAUCCAGUGCAAAUACCGCAAACCCUUUUCCCCAAACACAGGCUGAGAGGAAACAACUAUUUAUCUUGUUAGACAUUGGAAUGAGUAUUGCAGUAACAAGUGAUAUGUUUCUGUGCCUUUUUAUAAGAAUGGAGGAUUUAUGUGAUCACAGUGUUAUAUGUCAACUUCUUGUGGAAUAUUUUAAGGAUCUAUAGAUCAGAAAGCUUUCAAUUUGAAAAAUUAUUUUUUAUCUACAAUUCUUAUUUGAGCACUUCUUUUGACUUUGUAUGUUUGCAAAGUGCUUUAGGACUGGUUUUAUUCGUUUCAUACUUUCUUUGCCUGAUGUCUUAAUGGAAGCCUUGCUAUGUCUUAACACCUCAAAAACAUUAUCUGUGGGAAUCUUGAAAUGUGUAAACUCCAAGGAGUUAAUUUACAACAAAUCUUCAACUUAGCCUUUGGCACCAUAUUUAUUGUACUGUGUACUAGAGUUAAGAUAAGAUAUUGGGCCAAACUUCCUGUCAUUAGGAUUUUUUUUGUUGGUUUGUUUUUUAAUAAAAAUGAACAAAUGAAUCCAUCAGAG